AUGGGGGGGGGGCACCGCGCCGGGCCCGUCCCGCCCGGAGCCGCCGGGGCCGGGCCCCGACCGGCGCUGCCCCGGAAGUGCCGCUGCCCGCAGCCCCGCCCCGCCCCCGGGGGCGUGCCCGGCGCCGCAGGGCGCUCGGCUGAACCAAUGAGAAAAAUCAGCUGCGCUUGCGUCAGCGCCGCGCGGCGCCGGCGGCGGCUGUUGCUAGGCAGGCCGGCCCGGCUGGCCCAAUGGGAGCGGGGCGCUGCGGCCGGGCCCGGGCGCAGGCGGCGGCGGCGGCGGGCGCGGAGCGGCUGGGGCCCGGCGCUCACCAUGCCCUACAAGCUGAAGAAGGAGAAGGAGUCGCCGAAGUCUACCAAGAGCGCCACAAAGCCUGGCAGCAGCAGCAGCAGCAGCAGCAGCGGGAAGGAUGGCGGGGCAGAGAACUCGGAAGAGGCCCAGCAGCCGCAGCAGCAGCAGCCACAGCAGCAGCAGCCAACUUCAAAUAAGCGGCCCAGUAACAGUGCUCCCCCACCAACCCAGCUGAAUAAGAUUAAGUAUUCAGGGGGACCCCAGAUUGUAAAGAAGGAGCGCCGGCACAGCUCUUCUCGCUUCAACCUGAGCAAAAACCGGGAACUGCAAAAGCUCCCAGCCCUUAAAGAUGCUCCUCCACACGAACGAGAAGAGCUUUUCAUCCAGAAGCUGCGGCAGUGCUGCGUGCUUUUUGACUUCAUCUCUGACCCCCUCAGUGACCUGAAGUUCAAGGAGGUGAAACGAGCAGGUCUCAACGAGAUGGUGGAAUACAUCACACACAACCGUGAUGUUGUCACUGAGGCCAUCUAUCCUGAGGCUGUUAUCAUGUUUUCAGUGAACCUCUUCCGGACGCUGCCACCAUCAUCCAAUCCCACAGGCGCGGAGUUUGACCCUGAGGAAGAUGAGCCUACAUUAGAGGCUGCCUGGCCACACCUUCAGCUGGUGUAUGAGUUCUUCCUCCGGUUCCUGGAAUCACCUGACUUUCAACCAAACGUAGCCAAGAAAUACAUUGACCAGAAGUUUGUACUAUCUCUGCUGGAUCUCUUUGACAGUGAAGACCCCAGAGAGCGAGACUUCCUAAAGACUAUUCUGCACAGGAUCUAUGGGAAGUUCCUGGGUCUGCGAGCGUAUGUGAGGCGGCAGAUCAACAAUAUAUUUUACAGGUUCAUUUAUGAAACAGAGCACCACAAUGGGAUUGCAGAGCUUCUGGAGAUCCUGGGAAGCAUAAUCAAUGGGUUUGCUUUGCCUCUGAAGGAAGAGCACAAGAUGUUCCUCAUCAGGGUCUUGUUACCACUGCACAAGGUGAAGUCUCUCAGUGUCUACCACCCACAGCUGGCGUACUGUGUUGUACAGUUCUUGGAGAAAGACAGCAGCUUGACAGAGCCAGUGAUUGUGGGCUUGCUGAAGUUCUGGCCAAAAACUCACAGUCCCAAGGAGGUGAUGUUUUUAAAUGAGCUGGAGGAGAUCCUGGACGUGAUUGAGCCAUCUGAGUUUGUCAAAGUUAUGGAACCCUUGUUCAGGCAGUUGGCCAAGUGUGUCUCCAGCCCACACUUCCAGGUGGCAGAACGGGCGCUGUACUAUUGGAACAAUGAAUAUAUCAUGAGCCUGAUCAGCGAUAACGCAGCCAAAAUUCUCCCGAUCAUGUUUCCAGCACUCUACAAGAACUCCAAGAGUCACUGGAACAAGACAAUCCAUGGGCUGAUCUACAAUGCACUGAAGCUGUUCAUGGAGAUGAACCAAAAGCUUUUUGAUGACUGCACGCAGCAAUACAAGGCAGAGAAGCAGAAGGGAAGGUUCAGGAUGAAGGAACGGGAAGAAAUGUGGCAGAAAAUAGAGGAGCUGGCCCGGCUGAACCCCCAGUACCCCAUGUAUUAUGCACCUCCAUCAUUGCCCUCUGUCUGCUGUAUGGAAACGGAGACCCCAACUGCAGAGGAUAUACAGCUACUGAAGAAAACAGUGGAGACAGAGGCUGUGCAGAUGCUGAAAGAGAUUAAGAAGGAUAAAGUUUUGCUGCGCCGGAAAUCUGAGCUUCCUCAGGACGUCUACACUAUAAAAGCCCUGGAGGCCCACAAGAGAGCAGAAGAAUUUCUCACCUCAAGCCAGGAGGCUCUCUGACGGGCUCAGGAGCUGGCCCAGGAAGCUCUGCCCCAUCCCUUUCCCCCAGGGGUCAUGGAAAUGCACUCGGUUCUCAUGUAUAAAUUAAGGAAUGAACAUGGUGAGCUGUGCCUGUCCUCCACUCCAUCCGCAUCCCUCCAGGGUAGAUCUGUUUUUACGUUAUAACUUGUAUCUCACCACUGUCAUGUCCUCCUGCAUUUCCUUCUUUCCUCCUGCUUUUCCACCUUGGAUAUGCAUGUGUGAAGGAAGCCUGCCUGACCUGCAGUUGCAUCAGUCCAGGCAGGAGUUGCUUCAUUUCCAGAUUCUGCCUGGGAGCCAGAGCCUGGCUGCCCUGCAGUGCAGGCUCUGUGUAGCCGUAGGCUACCGCGUGUGGCACAGUGUGCUGCUGCAAGCCCCAAGUGCCCAUCUCUGCCAUGCCUGUGCCCAUGCUGCCUGUGCAGCCAAGCCCUGCAGUGGUCAGAGAUCAGGCUGAGCUGGGGGCAGGAGCCUGUGACAGAGUUUCUGGGGGCUCUGCUGCCUCUCCGCCCUGCCUUGGGGUGCUGCUUCGCAGCCGGAGGGUCUCGCAUACAGCGGAGGAGACGUUUACUUCCACCUUUCUUUUGCUUCAAGCCCCUUGUUCUGUUCCCCUGUCAGCGGAGAGGGGGUUCAGUGCUUCACCACCCCUAGUAAAGCUGGGUGCAAGCACUAGAUACUAUUGCAGCCCUUCCUUUAGAGCAUCCUUGGAAGCUCUCUUGGGGGAAAGUUAAUUCCUUCAGCUGUUUGUGUUGAUCCAUGCUGACUUGUCUCCAUCCCGGUGUCUUGGGUUAAUUGUGGGCCCAGAAUUAACUUCCUUGUUUGUAGCAGGUGUCAGCCACUGACUUCUGCUUUCUUCCUCUAGCUGCUCUAUUAAAAUACUCCUGCAGCUCUCCA